CGCAAAAAUUCAAACGCUGUCCAGGAAGAAAAACUCCAGCUCUGCUCUGUUCUCUGUUAACAACUAAUUAUAACGAGACGCAAUAAAGCAACUUCGGAUUUUAGACAUCUCGAGCUAAGAUGAGCGCAGCCUCCACACCCGUGUCCCGGAUGCGUCCGGGAUGGCUGUCAUCCUCCUUGAAGAACAAGGGUAUGUCCCCUGCAGACUGCAGCACCCCGCUGCUGACAGCCUUCCCCGGCAAUGAUGAUGAGCAGGAACGACGUCAGCGGCGAAGGUCAAGAGUCAUUGACCUCCAAGCUGCCCCUGACUCCUCCUUUAAUGACUCCAUAUCUCACAGUGCUGCAGGAACACCUGCUGCUGUGCCUAAACUGUCAAAUGCACAGAUCUCCGAGCAUUACUCCACCUGCAUAAAACUCUCUACUGAGAAUAAAAUCACCACAAAAAAUGCGUUUGGUCUUCAUCUGAUAGAUUACAUGGCUGAUAUUCUCAAACAGAAGGAUUCUGAGAUCACAAACUUCAAGGUGGCAGCUGGCACUUUGGAUGCCAGUACAAAGAUCUAUGCUGUGAGGGUGGAUGCUGUACACGCGGAUGCCUACAGGGUGCUGGGCGGCCUGGGGGCCGAGACCAAACCUGGAGAAGACCUGAAGGAUGAGGACAAUGUUACAGGAGGUGAAGUGACGGCCAAGCAGCCCAAAAGAAAGAGACCUCCUAAGAGGACAGUCGAGCAGAACCUGAGCAACAUCAACAGCGCCGAGUCUGAGAGGAAGUGUGAGGUGGACCCCAUGUUUCAGCGGAUGGCCUCGUCCUUCGAUGAGAGCAGCACGGCCGGCGUCUUCCUGUCGGUUCUCUUCAGUGAGGACAGUCGCUGCGAGCUGCUGUUUCCCUCCUACAUGACGCUCCUGCACUCCAGACCCUCAUACUCUCCUCCUCCUGCACAGGGAGUCCCUGCUUCCCCGUUCAUGGCCGGACUGCAGCGCUCCAAGGAGAAAAGCUCCAUCUGCCCGUCGCUGCAGGACUUCUCCUUCACGAGCUGGAACCCUGAGCAGACCAUGAAUCAGCUCCUGGAGAAGAUGAAACAGGGAGAACACGUGUUUGAUGUGAACGCCGAGCCCGAGGCUGAAGAAGACGACUGCGUUGACUUCGACGGCGACUUUGACGAGGGGGGGGAAGAGUGUGAGGAGAGAUCCAAGGACUACAAGGAGGGCUGUGUGGCCUCUGGCUCCGGCAGAGGAAGGGAUGUGAUUCCCAUCGGGGAGGGAGACAUCACCACCAUGUGUCUGCAGCUGUCCUCGCAGCCCAGGGAGUAUUCAUACUUCAGCCCCAGGACCAUGGCCGCGUGGGCCGGACCCGGCUACUGGCAGUUCAAGCCGAAGCACAAGUUGGACCACAUGCCUGACAAGGAGCCGCGUAAAAGGAAGCCGAAGAAGAACAUAGAGAUAGACUUUAACGAUGAUGUCAACUUUGACACUUUCUUCCGCACCACAAGAGCUGCGACGACCAACAGCAGGUCUGCUCUCAGUGGCAGCAACAAGAAGACCACUCUGCCCGCAGACUUCCAGUUUCCCCCGGAGAAGCUCUCGCAGCUCAGCCUCAAACCCUCCAGCUCGUUGAGUCAAGAAGGCCAGAAGAGGCUGUCCGGAGAGCUCGGAGAAGGCAUCGGAGACUACGACUACAACAACGCCAACGACACGGCCAACUUCUGUCCAGGUCUCCAGGGGGGUGACAGUGAUGAUGAUGUCGAAGGGUUUGCAGGUUCAGACGACACGCAGCCUUCAGGCGACAGUCUGCCUCCGCCCUCACAAGAUCUGGAGGACAUCUCCACCUACGGGGAGCAGGAUCUGGUACCAGAACCACACAGGGUCAACAAGAUUGAGAUUAAUUACGCUAAGACGGCAAAGAAGAUGGACAUGAAGAGACUCAAGAACGGGAUGUGGUCUCUUCUGACCGAGAGCCCAGAAAAGCCCAGCGAGGAGGCGGACGCUGUGGACAAAGUGUGUGGGGAGAAAGUCUUCAGUCAGACCACCAAGACGCUGCUUCAAAGAUUGCCGAGCGCGAUGGCUCAGAACCUGUCGGUGCCGCUGGCCUUCGUGGCUCUGCUUCAUCUCGCCAAUGAAAAGAAUUUGGAGCUGGUGAAGGUCGAUGACAUGUCAGAUAUCAUCAUCCGACAAGGUCGCUGAGACGUGAAUGAUGGGAUGUCUUCUGGAGAAUCACUGCUUGUCUCUCACAUCUUCCUUGUUGCUGUUUUCUCUCUCUCUCUCUGUGUCUCUGUCUCUCUCUCUCUCUGUCUCUCUCUCUCUCUGUCUG